AUGAAAGAGGACACUCCACUUCACCUUGCAGCAAGGGAAGGGCAUUCGAAGGUCGUGAAAGCUCUUUUAGAGGCUGCCAAAAAACCUCCUGUAGAUAUUGAAACUAGUGAUGGAGUAGAUAAGAAGAUGUUGAUCAAGAUGACAAAUAAGGAGAAAAACACAGCCUUGCACGAGGCAGUGCGAUUUGAGCAUUCUAAUGUGGUGGAGUUAUUGAUUGAGGAGGACCCCGGGUUUCUCUAUGGUGCUAAUGAUUCAGGUAUGACUCCUCUUUACAUGGCUGCAGAGAGAGGAUUUACAGGCUUGGUGAAACUAAUCAUAGACAAAAGCGUGGAAGCUGGUACUUCACCCCCUUACACUGGCUUCAUGUGUAGAACGGCCUUGCACGCUGCUGUAAUAUGUAAUGACCGAGAAAUGACAAAGACGAUAUUGGGAUGGAAGCCAAACCUCACCAAAGAAGUAGAUAAGAAUGGUUGGUCUCCACUUCACUGUGCUGCAGAGAGAGGUUGUGAUCCGGAAAUAGUGCAGCUAUUGCUAGAAAAAUCAGAAGAGAGUGUAGCCUACCUUAGGAGCAAAGAUGGGAACAAAACUGCCCUUCAUAUUGCAUCUUUCCACCAUCAUACAAAAAUAGUAGAGAAGAUUCUAUCUCACUCUCCUGGUUGUCGAGAGCAGGUCGAUGACAAGGGCAAUAAUGUUUUUCACUUUGCCAUGAUGAAAAGGGGAGACGAUGAUUCUAAGCCUAGUGAUUACUUCAAAAAUAAUUGGUUGAACGUCAGAGGACUUGUAAAUGAGAAAGAUGCUCAAGGAAACACACCCCUCCACCUACUCUCUUCUUACCAAAUUCUUGAUUAUAAAUUCAUAUGGGGGCAUCAAGUGGAUAAGAAGGCGAACAACAAUGAAAACCUGACAGCCUACGACAUAAUUUUGAGGGCCAAGGAGGACAUGUCAGGGAAAAAGGAUUGGAUCCAACGCGGAUUUGAGUGUGAUAUGCCUGAAACUAGAUCUUCGUAUACGGAGAAGCAAAAGAAGAAAUGGGAGAAAGAAAGAAGAAGCAAAGAGUACCAGGAGAAACGCACCUCUGAAUUACAACAAAAAGGUGGAACCCAUUUGAUAGUUUCUGCGCUUAUAACAACAGUAACUUUUGCUGCGGGUUUCACCUUACCUGGUGGUUACAAGGAUGAUGAUGGCAAGGCAAUUUUAUCAAAGGAAGCAGCUUUCAUAGCAUUUGUUGUGACGGACACCAUAGCCAUGGUCUCCUCACUAUGCGCUGUAUUUCUUCACUUUUUUACGACCGUACGUGUAGGGGAGGAGAUCCUUGAAAAGCACUUGGUUUGGGCCUUUCAUUUGACCAUGAUUGGCAUGGUAGCAAUGGCCAUCGCUUUCGCAACUGGCUUAUACACUGUUUUACCACACUCCUCUGCCCUUUCAUUCCUCACUUGCAUCCUCUGCUCUUGCUUUUUCCUCUGCCUUAUAUUUGAAUUUCAAUAUUUUAGAGGUAUGAUUGGGUACAUGGCUUACAGAAUAAGAUCUCUGCUCAAAAAGAAAAUAGCCGCUUUGUUUAACAAGCUGAAUAUGGGGUAUAAAAGAAAAGAAAAUGCAGAUGUGUAGAUGAGGGCUUUCGGAUCUUUGGAUGAGCUCUUUCUGAGAGGAGAGAGAGAACUGGCUCCACUGUCUUAUUUUUACAAUAAGUUUGUAUUGUAGUGGGAAUUAUAUUUUAGAUGUAAGUAGAAUAUUGAACUGACUUGUGUGAAUUGAAAGUCGAUGCAUACGACUGUGGAU